ACCUUGAAAUCCUUUCUCGUCAACCAACUUUAAGAAAACACAAAUCUUUCGUCUGCGGGUCUAUCUCUCUCUCGUUCUUGCUGGUUCAUGCUUUGUUUUUCUAUUUUCUUCAUUCAAUUUUCUGGGGUUUUAUUGGAUGGCAACGAGGAGGAACAAAAAUAUACAAGCCAAGCUGGUACUGCUGGGGGACAUGGGCACUGGAAAAACCAGUUUAGUGUUAAGAUUUGUCAAAGGACAAUUCUUUGACUUCCAGGAGCCAACAAUUGGAGCAGCCUUCUUUACUCAGCUACUUUCUCUAAAUGAAGCAACCAUAAAGUUUGACAUAUGGGACACUGCAGGACAAGAGCGGUACCACAGUUUAGCUCCCAUGUACUACCGUGGUGCAGCAGCUGCUGUUGUAGUCUAUGAUAUCACUAGCAAGGAUUCAUUUGAAAGAGCUAAAAAGUGGGUGCAACAGCUCCAAAGACAAGGAAAUCCAAAUUUGGUGACUGUUUUAGUGGCCAAUAAGGCUGACUUGGAUUCAGAAAGAAUGGUGGACAAUGAGGAAGGAAACCAAUAUGCUAAAGAGAAUGGCUUGCUAUUCUUUGAAACUUCAGCAAAAACUGCUCAGAAUAUAAACGAGCUCUUCCAUGUAAUAGCCAAAACAAAUGCAUUAUGCAGCAAAGAGAUUAGCUAGUGCUGCCCCAGCUCACCUAGGUGGAAUGAAACUACACAACAGAACAGGGGAAGGAGUGAGGAGACUAUUCUGUUGCUCUGCAUGAGAUUACAUUCCAGUGAGUUCUUUCUUGGUAAAUAAUACGUACUAUGUUUAUUUUGCAAUGGUCAUGGGAUGGUAAUUCUGUACUGAAUGUGCAGUGUUAAUACGAUUCCUUGUCCUUUUGCAUCAUUUAAGUUUGACAUAAAGACAGUUUCGAAAUAUGAAAAAAUCAGAAAGAUGUGAUGCAUCAUUGUUGAUCGUUCCCGACCAUUUAGGUGCUCUUUGCUUUAUCCUACAGGAGAUACAUGAUAUAUAACUCCUGCAAAGAAAAUAAGGCCCUUCAUGACUGAAACAGGGUACAAGUCUAAGCGUGAGUAACGAUUAUGGUCUUUGUGGUGUAUCUAAUAUAUACUACUAAGGUUAUUAUUUUACUACUCUUGUAUCGGAUAUCUUUAAUGAUAUGUGAACCUUAUUUGCGCUGUUAA